UUCAUCCAGGACCGGCCCAAAGGGAGAUAAGACCAAGAACAAAACAACACUGAGCUUUCAUGAUGUCGACAAAUUUCUUGUACUACCGAUGCCCUUGUCCUUCUGCAGAUUGUAACGGGGCCAUCUGUAGAUAUCAAGACAUCGUAGCUGCGCCAGUUCCGAGUCAAUAUUCGUCUCCGUCCUGUUCACUUUUCACGCCCGAGAGGAAGUUUUUGACUUAUCCAACCACCACUAAGGAUAUAACAAGCCCAUCAGGGAAAUACGAGUCCAUGUCGACCCCGGUAACAAUCGCACGGGACAACUUUCGGUGGACGCCAUACCAAAGUCAAAGCAGGGUCGCUCAAGAAAGUUCCUCACCGCCCAAAACAACCACAGAGAGACCACCAAGUAGCGCUUCUGCACAACAAGGAAACCAGAAGACGACAAGCCGAAGAACUCGCCGAGUUCGAACCGCCUUCACACCAUUCCAGCUUCUUUGCCUGGAGACAUCGUUCGAGAAGAACCACUACGUGGUGGGCUCCGAAAGGAAGCAGCUAGCAUCAUACCUGAAGCUCAGUGAAACACAAGUGAAGGUGUGGUUCCAGAACAGAAGGACCAAAUGGAAAAGGCAAGCUUUAGAGAACCGGGCGGACCUUAACAAAGAUCCUUUGACGCCAUAAAGGAGUUGAAAAGACUUGGCCACUUCAACCCUUUGAAUUUCAAGUCAGUUAUUCUCUCUUUUAGCUGCCAUACGUGACACGUUUUUCUUUUCUCGUCAUCUCUUUGCUGGAUAAUGUAUAGGUAUUGUAAGGAGAAGUAAAACGUUAAUCAGUUUUAAGAAUUUGAGGGUUUACAGGCGCGCAGCUCCC